AUGUCUCCAAUUUUUGGUAAUUCUUCCUCAAAAUAUCUUUCGCCCAUUAUGGGAUUUUUUUCUAUGCCUCCGAAACAGACUCAAACGUCUGUUUCUUCCACAGGUGAUGUUGACGUUGACGUCCUUAUCAAAAGUGAAAGAAAAUGUAGAAGAAAUAUUUUGAUUGACGGAUUAGAGGUUGAAAUGUUCAUUCACCCACCAAUACACAUAUAUCAUCUGCUUACAAGUGAUCCAAAUGGAAUUCAUUUACGUUGUUACGCCUUUGGUCGCGUCAUUUAUGAUCCAAACAACUUAUUCCCACAAUUACAACGUAUAGCCAAAAUUCGUUGGGAAACGGGUCCGCCGGUAUUGGAGGCUAAGGAUUAUUGGAGACCACGAUAUGAAAUUGCAGAUUUAUUACGUGAUUUGGAAGAUUGUGAUUUUGUAAAUGAUGAAGCUACUGCUCAUUUUCUGUUGGUUAAAUUAGUUGAGAGAUUAGUAAGAAUACAAGAACGUUUAUGUCAACGUUGGCCUGAAAAAUUGAAACGUUGUUGUCAAAGCUGGGAAACAUGGGAUCCUGUUGGAGGGCGGCUUGCUAAACGUGCCUUAAAUUCGAGUGUCAAAUGGAGUGAACGAAUAAGAUGCUCAAAAGAAUUGGCAAAAUAUGUUUUAUCACCUAUCGGUGGUAUUAUGCCAAUAGAAUGGACGAUGGAUUGGGAAGAGAUACCUGAUGUGGAUUUGCCUUAUGAUCCAUUAAUACUACCUAAAAUAGAGGUGUUUAUAACUCAAUGA